AGUCUGUGGCUCUGAUCAGAACGUAAUGUCAUAACUCUUUAGUUUUCGGACUUAGUAAAAAUAGUCAAAAGGCAAGAAAAUGGAAGGAGACGGUACUGAAAAUACAAAGUCUUUUUCAGGGAUACCGGAAGCAAUAUUCGUGGAUAAUGUUGACGAGUUUAUGAAUUUACCGGAAAAUAAUGAAGGAGUUAAAAAAGUCCUAAGAAGACUUGAUGAACAACACGGAAAGUAUAAAUUUAUGGAAUAUACAUUAAACACCAAAAGGAGGCGGCUCCGACAACAAAUUCCCGAUUUAGCUAGAUCGCUCGAAAUGAUUGAAAAACUGAAAACCCAAAAAGAAAACGUUGAAACACAGUUUUUACUCAGCGAUCAAGUUUUUGUUAAGGCUGAUGUACCACCUACAAACACUGUGUGUUUAUGGCUUGGAGCUAAUGUGAUGUUGGAGUAUACAUUAGAAGAUGCAGAAAAACUACUCACAACUAAUAUGGCUACUGCAAAGAAAAACCUUGCAUGUGUUGAGCAUGAUUUGGACUUUUUAAGAGACCAAUGGACAACAACAGAAGUGAAUAUGGCUAGAGUUUACAACUGGGAUGUAAAGAGACGGCAAGCUGUAAAAGCAUCCAGCUAAUAAAUCAGCUACAUACAGAAGUGUCAAUACUGGACUGCCAUUAAAUUGGAGCUUAGAUAUCUUUGCAAAUGUUUUCUAAUUAAUUGUCUUAAGUUUCUGUAAAAUGUAUUAUUAACUUAUUAAAUGUUCAUAAUAUGACAUCUGCUGUGAAAGCUAAUUGUGUCACAAGAUAUACAAAUAUGUAUAAUAACAAAUAUAACAUUUUCAAUGUUUUAUAAAAGUUGGUCUUGUGAAGCUUCGAGUCUGUAUUGAUGUCAUAUAUUUUGUGUUAUAUCCAAAAUUUAGAUAUAUUAUGUAAAAUUGUUAAUGCAUGAAAGACUAUUGAAUUAAUAUCAGGAAACAAUAAAUUGCACUGCUUUUAUACUCAUAUAUCCUGAAGUACUGGCAACAUAGCAAUAUUAUAUAAUUCAUUUAAGAAAGUUUAAACUACUUUUUAGACCUUUCUAGGCAAUAAAGAUACAGUAAAAGUAAAUCAUUGCUAUAGCAAUAUAGAAAUAAUGCAUAAGUACCAAUACAUUUUUUUAAUUGUUAUCUGAUUUCAGUAAUAUCUCAUUUUAUUUGUACCCAAGCAUAUACUCACUUUUAUUAGAGAAUAUUUAGGUAUCAAAAUUCAUUAUCAUACAUUUUAAUAAAAAUAAUGUGGCUUCUCAAUCGAGUGAUGCUAUAAAAGCAUUU